AUGGGCCAAGGAAUUGAACGUAUCACCGUUUAUUAUUGCAUGCGAGAUGAAAUUGAUGAACUGAAAUACAAAAAAGUGGAUAAAACAAGUCAGUUGCAAAAUUUAAUAUCUAAAUUAGACAAUAAGAUUACGAAGGUAAAAAUAGACGCCCAACGUUUAAUAGACAACCCAAAUGUAAACGAGGAUAGAUUGAAACGAAAACUAACCGCUUUGGAAAGAAAACUUGGCGAAUUGCUAGCAGAAUUAGACAAGACCGCGGAAAAAACCGAGUUACAAAAUUCAGUAUCCAAAUUGAAUGAAAAGAUCGCGAAGCAAAAAUCAGAUGUUCAAGAUAUAAUUAACACACUUCCCAUUGACAAAGAUACGUUGAAACGACAAUUGACUGCUUUGGAUACUAAAAUCACGGACGAAUUAGAAAAAGAAGUGGGUGUGAUUAAAAACUUUCUUCCAAAUAAAUUUCGAGAUGAUAUGAAAAAUUAUAUUAAAGAACAGGUCAAUCUUUUGGUAUCUAGAAUUCAUGACGAUUUUUUGAGACAAGAGAAAAAGUUGAGCAAAUUAGAAGCUAUUGUCACGGACAAAUCGUAUUAUUUCAAUCUUCCAUUCGAAAGUGACACUGUCUUCGAUGAAAAAGACCAAAUUUAUAAAUCAAACAAAUACGGAUUCAAAGCAGAAAUAAAAGUAGGUACUCUCGCAUACGGAGAACCUAAAAACGUAUUCGAUAUCGGCGAAACGCAAGAGUUUUCUUUUCGAGGUAAUUGUCUGAUUCAAAUAGAGUUUCCCAUGAAGGUUAAAGUCAAUAAAGUAGUCUUCAAACAAACCGGUAAGGCCGUCAAACAUAUUUCAUUAUUCAAUGAUGGUAAUUUGGAAGAGAAUAAACGUUUGAUUGAUAAAAGGGAUCAGGAAAUUGAAACGAAAAAUGGUAAAUAUGUAGACACCUUUAAAAUGGAAGUAGAAAAUGAUUAUAUGAAUAGAUUUCAAAUCAAAGAUUUAGAUAUGAUAUUGGAGACGGAAAAUCCACCAUCAACCAACAUUGUCAAAAUUCCACGACGCUUACACAUACACGGAAAAAUAGAAUCGACCAGUCACGAGUUUUUACGAACAACAGACUUUGAAUACGUAAAACUGUAUUUCGCUUUAGGUGAAAAAUACACCUCGAUCGAUGUUCAUAAAAGUCAACAAGAAAGAGAGUUUAUAGUGCAUUUAUCGUUUUAUUAA